AUGUUGCAAAGAUGGUUUCUGCCAAGAAGUUUAAACGAAUCCCCAGGACAGAACCAAAAGGAGGAGAAAUUGUGCCCAGAAAAUUUCACCCGCAUCCUGGACAGUUUGCUCGAUGGUUAUGACAACAGGCUGCGCCCUGGAUUUGGGGGUCCUGUUACAGAAGUGAAAACUGACAUAUAUGUCACCAGCUUUGGACCUGUUUCUGAUGUUGAAAUGGAGUACACAAUGGAUGUGUUCUUCAGACAGACAUGGAUUGACAAAAGACUGAAGUAUGAUGGCCCCAUUGAAAUUUUGAGACUGAACAAUAUGAUGGUAACAAAAGUGUGGACCCCUGAUACUUUCUUCAGGAAUGGAAAGAAAUCUGUCUCACAUAACAUGACAGCUCCAAAUAAGCUUUUCAGAAUUAUGAGAAAUGGCACUAUUUUAUACACAAUGAGACUCACCAUAAGUGCGGAGUGUCCCAUGAGAUUGGUGGAUUUUCCCAUGGACGGUCAUGCAUGCCCUUUGAAAUUUGGGAGUUAUGCAUAUCCAAAGAGUGAGAUGAUCUAUACUUGGACAAAAGGUCCUGAGAAAUCAGUUGAAGUUCCAAAGGAGUCUUCCAGUUUAGUUCAAUAUGACUUGAUCGGGCAAACAGUAUCGAGUGAAACUAUCAAAUCGAUUACCGGAAUAACCACAGUCCUCACCAUGACCACGCUGAGCAUCAGUGCACGGCAUUCUUUGCCCAAAGUGUCUUACGCCACCGCCAUGGAUUGGUUCAUAGCUGUCUGCUUUGCUUUUGUGUUUUCGGCCCUCAUCGAGUUUGCUGCUGUCAACUAUUUCACUAAUAUUCAAAUGCAAAAAGCCAAAAAGAAGACAUCAAAACCCCUUCAGGAAACUCCAGCUGCUCCAGUGCUGAGAGAAAAGCAUCCUGAAGCCCCUGUACAGAACACAAAUGCCAAUUUGAACAUGAGAAAAAGAACAAAUGCUUUGGUUCACUCUGAAUCUGAUGUUGGCAACAGACUUGAGAUGGGAAACCAUUUGAGCAAAUCUUCCACGGUUGUUCAAGAAUCUUCUGAAGCCACAACUCGAUCUUACUUAGCUUCCAGCCCGAACCCAUUCAGCCGCGCAAACGCAGCCGAAACUAUCUCUGCUGCAAGAGCACUUCCACCUGCUUCUCCUGCUGCUUCUAGUCAAACUGGCUGUGGGUCCCGACAAGCUGCAGGUGGGUCUGCUUCCACUCAGCGUUUGUUUGGAUCAAGACUGGAGAGGAUUAAGACCACAGUGAACACCAUAGGGGCUUCUGGAAAGUCACCAGCUGCUCCUCCUCCCUCCGCUCCGCCACCUUCUGGAUCUGGUACAAGUAAAAUAGACAAAUAUGCCCGUAUUCUCUUUCCAGUCACAUUUGGGGCAUUUAACAUGGUCUAUUGGGUUGUUUAUUUAUCUAAGGACACAAUGGAGAAAUCAGAAAGCCUAAUGUAG